AUGCCACAACUUAAACUCAAACCCUGAUUCCCCAUUCUAGCCCUCGCUUGACUAAUUUUUAUAGCCCUAGCCCCUCGAAAAGUCAUCGAAUAUUCUUACCCAAACCGACUCACACCCCAAAGCAGCAAAACUCCAAAAUCCCUUCCCUGAACCUGAUUAUGACAUUAG